AUUGUUCUUUGACAUCUAUACUCUCAUGUUGUUCAAUCGUCACCUUUAUAUUGAUAAAGUCCUUCCCCAUAAUCUCAUCACUUUUGUUUUUCUUUUCUCUUUUUUCUGAAGCCCGGUUUCAAUUACCUUUUCAUUUUUUUCUAUUCGUUUCUCAUCCAUAGAGUCUUUUUUUCUCUCUUUUUUUUCUCACUCCUUUUUUUCUCUCCCUCUUACCCUUUAGUGUUUUUUCUUCUCUUUUUCACCAUGUUUGCUGAUAAAACUUGGGAGAGUUCGGGUAAAAAUGAGUUUAUCAACGGUGUUCGAUCUCAUUCAGAAAAUUCGACUGAACUGAAAAAGCUUCUAUACACAUGCUGUAAUCAGUGUAUCUGUGGACAGUUAAGGUAUGACUCGUUUAUUUCAACCUUGUCCAGUAUUGUUGAUACCAGUCCGUCUGUUCCCAUAUUGUUAACUGAUAUUCUAUUGGUUUGUGAUGUGGAAACCCAAAUGGCGGAUAAUAAGGAUCAAAGAGAAAAUUAUUUAGCGCUACUUGCUGGUUGCUCGAACAAGUUGAUCGCAGAUGUAUUACUUAAGGAAAGAUUAGAAUAUGAUACCAUCGGAGAGGCUAAAAUCAUUGCCAACAAAAAAAGUGCCGUCACCAAGUUCAUCAAGCUAAAAACACGUCUCUUUUAUAAACAACAAAAAUUCAAUCUAUUCAGAGAAGAGUCUGAAGGUUAUGCCAAAUUAAUCACUGAAUUAAGUCAACCUGGAGGCUUUGAUUGUAAUCAUAUGCUUCAAGUUAUUCGAUCUCUUAUAGGAUGUUUCAAUUUAGAUCCAAAUCGUGUUUUAGACAUCGUGCUUGAGUGUUUUGAAUGUAGACCUUACCUUGCGGAUUCUUAUAUUUCCCUGCUAUGUAAUUUUCUAAAUAAUUCUAAUACAUUAUCCCAGAUAUUGGCAUUCAAAUUUAGCUUCUAUCAUACUGAUAAUACGAUGAUUACACCUGAUUCUUUAUAUGAGGUUGCUGCUUUACUCCUUCAACAGAAACUCCUCUCAUUAGAACAAAUUUAUUCUUUUCUCAGUCCAAGUGAUAAACUAAUUUAUGAAUACAAUCAGAAUGAGAUUAAAGAUGCUCGUGCUUAUGCUCGAAAAACCUUUGUAUCAGCUGAAGAUAAGCCAAUGGAUGAAGAUCGUCUAUCCGACAUGGAAAGAUUUUCUUUAUUAGUUAAUAACCAGAAGCUUGGACUUUGCUUAGCACUUUUAAAAGUAGGUGAUUGGAAAAAUGCCCAUGAGUUAAUUGAAAGUUUGCCAAGUUUUUACGCUGUGUCCAACCCAAUUAUCGCUAAACAGUUAUGCUCAUUAAUACACUAUACCAUGGAUGUUAUUUAUCAUUCGCAUUCUGGAUUACCUUCCAUUAUCAUCAAUAAAGUUAAAAUGUACAAGUGUGACGGAAAACCAUCAAUCAAACAAGCAGAAACUGUUCCAGAAUUGAAGGAUAAUGUAUUCCCGAUGAUUUCCACUUUGGGACCUUUUAUCCAUGGAGAUACUCUACUUAUUUCAAAGAUUAUUAGGAUUGGAAAAUCAAUCAUGAGCACACCAAACGUUGGUGAUAUUAAAUAUGAACUUUUAAGUAUUUUAGACGAAGCUAUUUUACCUUCUCUAUCAUUGGUUGAAGGUAAUUGUGGUCUGGCUGAUGAACUUUGGCAGUUUCUUUGUCUUUUUCCAUAUACUGCUCGAUAUCGACUUUAUUAUAAUUGGAAAACCGAUCCAGCUAUUCCGAUUAUGAUUCGAACUAGAUCACAAAAUAUGAGGCGUAUAAAAUAUAUUAUGAAGCGUUUAAGCAAGGAGAAUGUUAAAUACUCUGGGCGACAAAUUGGGAAACUAAGUCACUCAAAUCCAUCAUUUCUAUUUGAAUAUAUGUCUCUUCAAAUUCAAUCCUACGAUAAUUUAAUUGGUCCUGUUGUUGACUCACUUAAAUAUUUAACAUCAUUAUCAUACGAUGUGCUCAUCUAUUGUAUAAUCGAAGCUCUAUCAAACUCAAGUAAAGACCGGACGCUCCAUGAUGGUGCAACAAUAUCUCCCUGGUUGCUAAGUUUAGCUAAUUUUUGUGGAUCAGUUGUUAAAAAGUAUCCAGUUGAAUUACCCGGAUUACUCCAGUUUAUUGCUAAUCAACUAAAAGCUGAAAAGAGUUUAGAUCUACUGAUUCUUAAAGAGAUAAUUCAAAAAAUGGCUGGAAUUGAAGCUGCUGAGGAAAUGACUAAUGAACAAUUGGCUGCAUUAUCUGGUGGUGAACUAUUGAGAGCCGAAGGUGGUUACUUUAAUCAAGUUCGUAAUACAAGAAAAUCGUCCGUUCGCCUCAAGGAUACUCUUCUGGAAUCAAACCUUGCGAUGCCUUUGUGUAUUCUUAUGGCACAACAACGAAAUUGUAUUCUCUACAGUAAACAAGAACAUUCGCACAUCAAAUUAGUUGGAAAAUUAUAUGAUCAAUGUCAAGAGACUUUGGUUCAAUAUGGAUCUUUCUUAUCCUGUAAUUUGAGUAUCGAUGAUUAUAUUGGUAAUUUACCAUCACUUGGCUCUUUAAUCACAGACUACAAUUUGAGUGCAGAUGUAGCAUUCUUUUUGGUUCGACCAAUGAUUGCUCAUUAUAUUAAUCAAAAAUUUGAAGAACUAAGAAAAAAUGAAAAGACAUCUAAAGGAAUCCAUUUGUAUAUCGAAGCUUGGGAAUCAGUUACAAAACCUCUUGUAGACAUAAUCAUUCCAGCUUUUCCAACCAAAUUCUGGGAAGAUUUAAGCUCAAGAUUUUUCGUGACCUUUUGGACUUUAUCUAUUUAUGAUCUCGAAGUUCCUAAAAGUAGUUAUGAUAGAGAAGUUGAAAGACUAAAGGGACAAAUUCAGUCUACUGAGGAUAAUAAAGAUAUAAAUCCUGGUAAAAAGAAGAAAGAGAUUGAAAGGUGUCGACUUUUACAGGAGAAACUAUUAGAAGAACAAUUGCGACAAGAUGAACAUGUUCGACGUGUUCGUCAAAGAUUAGAAAAAGAAAGAGACCUUUGGUUCCAAUCGAAAUUAGCGAAAAUGGAAAUGACAACUCAAUUUCUACAACACUGCCUCUUUCCGCGAUCAAUAUUCACUGCCACCGAUGCUCUUUAUUGUGCUAAAUUUGUGCAUCUUCUUCACACUAUUAAAACGCCCAAUUUUUCAACUUUAAUUUGUUACGAUAGAAUAUUUGGUGACAUUUCUUAUACAAUGUCUUCUUGUACCGAGAAUGAAGCUAAUCACUAUGGACGAUUCCUUUGUGCUCUUCAAGAAACAGUGAUGCGAUGGCAUAAAGAUAAAGCGGUAUUUGAGAAGGAAUGUGCUAAAUAUCCAGGAUUUGUGACUAAAUUUUUCGAGAAAGAACCAGCUCAUGUUGAUUAUGAAAACUAUCGCCAUGUUUGUCAUAAGUGGCAUUAUAGAUUAACUAAAGCUUUUAUUGUUUGCCUUGAUUCAGGAGAUUAUGUUCAGAUCAGAAAUGCUUUGAUUGUCUUGACCAAAUUAAUUACUUAUUUUCCAGUUAUUAGCAGCUUUGCUACAGCUAUUGAGCGUCGAGUUGACCAAAUUAGAAACACUGAACAAAAUAAGAGACCUGAUCUUUAUGCUUUAGCUACAGGUUACUCUGGGCAACUUAAAAAUAAACGAUCAACCUGUGUACCAGAACAUGAGUUCCAUCUGAAAACUCAACAUCCAGUAAAUAAUACGAAAACGGUAACGACGAAUAAUGUUAAAAAAGAAACGAAACAAGAGACAAAUAAUGUCGCAUCAACACCAGUUACGACUAAAUCACCUCCACCUAAAGAGAAAAAAGAUAAUAUUCUCAAGCCACGUCCACCGGCGGAAACUAACGAAAACUCCAGUGAAAAGAAAAAAGAACCUAAAAAUGAUUCUGUUCGAACUGCCGAGAAGAAAGAGAAAACCACAAAAACUGAAAGGAAUCACGUAUCAUCAGAAAAGGUAUCAACUAAAUCGGAUUCCAAAUCAUCAAGUAUUCCAAAUUCUCCCAGAAAAGGUGACCAUAGAGGACGAAGUGCUGAGCCACCCGUCGAAACUGAAAGAGAACAUAAACGUCGAAAAGUUGAAGCCAAGACUCAUGAGGAUGGCAAUGUUGUCAGUGGUGGAGCAACAGGAACCGGAGGUAGCGGUGGUACAGGUACAGGAAGUGUGGUAAACAACGAAAGACGAAGUGACAAAGAAAAGGAGAGAAAUGAAAACUAUGAUAGAAGACGAGGAGGAGACGAUUCAACAUCAUCAUCACCUUCAGCAAAUUCUCGUUCACAUGAAAAGAAAACAUCAAAUUCAUCUUCAAGGAAAAGGGAAAUUGUGGAUGAAUCUCCAAGCGAAGUACCUUCAACAAAUACGAAGAAAAAGAAAGACGAAGAAUCGAGUAAAUCAAAGAAGACAGUUAAUAAUGACGAGCGAGAAUCAAGUAGAAAACAGUCAUCUGAAACCAAACGAAGUUCAUCUUCACGUAAAAACAAAUCCGAAGAUAAAUAAUCCAAAAUUUCAUCCUCAAUCCUAUUCUGAAUCGGGUCCACAUUCAUUGUCAAAAACCAAAAGAUUUCAUCAUUUUCAGUAAAACAACAAUAAUAUUCAACGAAA